CGUCCCCCCCCCCGGAGCCUCCCCCGGCCCUGGUGGCAGGAGGAAGCCGCCCCCCCGGGCAGGCAGAGCCGAGGCAGCGGCCAGGCGCCGGGUGCCACGUCGUGCCAUCCUCCCCUUCGCGGCCCGCCCGGGCCACCGAGGCCGCAUCCCCGCAUCCAUCCCCGCUCCGCGUUUUCGGCGGCGGCGGGGUCCCCCUUCGGCGGAUGCUUCGCGUCUCCCCGGCGCGCUGGUGCUAAAUGCUGAGCGCCGACAGGAUGGAGGAGUUUCAGAGCGAGGAAGAGGAGCCCUGGUACGACCAGCAAGACCUGGAGCAGGACUUGCAUUUGGCCGCGGAGCUGGGGAAGACGCUGCUGGAGCGCAACAAAGAGCUGGAGGACUCCCUGCAGCAGAUGUACGCCACCAAUGAGGAGCAAGUGCAGGAAAUCGAGUACCUGACCAAGCAGCUAGAGAUGUUGCGGCAGAUGAACGAACAGCAUGCGAAAGUCUACGAGCAGCUGGACCUGACAGCACGGGACCUGGAGCUCGCUAACCAGAAGCUCGUGCUGGAAAGCAAGACAUCCCAACAGAAGAUACAGUGCUUGACGGAAACGAUCGAGGGGCUGCAGAACCAAGUGGAGGAGCUGCAGAAGCAGGUGGAGGAAAUGCGGAGCUUGGAGCAGCUCCGCAUUCGGCGGGAGAAGAGGGAGCGGCGCCGAACCAUCCACACCUUCCCCUGCCUUAAGGAGCUGUGCUCCAGCCCCAGGUAUGAGGACGCAUUCCAGGUCCACAGCUCUUCCACGGAAUUCAACCAGAAGCCACUGGAGAGGGAGAAUGAGCGUCUCCAAGCCAUGGUGAACUCCCUGAGGUCCCAAGUCAAUCAGGAGAAGCAGCGGAAGGAGAGGGUUGAGCGAGAGUACACCUCUGUUAUUCAGGAGUAUUCAGACCUCGAGCAGCGAGUGUGCGAGAUGGAGAACUGCAAACUGCGCAUCAAGGAACUGGAAGCAGAGCUCCUAGAGCUCCAACAGAUGAAACAAGUCAAGAAGUAUUUGCUCAGCAGAGAAGACAACUUGUCCGAGGCCCUCCUUGAGCCGCUGAAUAACGCCCCAGAAGCAGACUACAUCGACCUCUCUGAGGAGGAGGGAGGGAAAAGUCAUGGGCCAUCAAUGACGCCUUCCCCAAACCACCCUGUCCGGAAAAGCUGCAGUGACACAGCCCUCAAUGCCAUCGUGACCAAGGAUGCCGUGAGCCGGCACGAGGGCAAUUACACGCUGCACGCUAACAACGUGCGCAAACGGGGCAUGUCCAUCCUGAGGGAAGUGGACGAGCAGUAUCACGCCUUGCUGGAGAAGUACGAAGAGCUCCUGAGCAAAUGCCGGCAGCACAAGGACAGCGUGCGCCACACAGGGGUCCAAACAUCCCGGCCUAUCUCUCGCGACAGCUCCUUCAGAGACUUCCGCGGAGAGGGACACGAGUUGGAAGAACGGAAAACCAUGGAGAAGACCAUCAGCAAACACGUGGAGGCGGUGGAUAAGCGGCUGGAGCAGAGCCAGCCUGAGUACAAGGCUCUUUUUAAGGAGAUCUUCUCCCGCAUCCAGAAAACAAAAGCAGACAUCAAUGCCACAAAGGUGAAAAACAAGAGCAGCAAAUGAGUCCUGCCUCUCUGCAAACUCCCACGUGCAAUCGCAACAGCCAAGUCUUCUCUUCAGCCCCAGGAACCGCCACGUGGCCCCACUGCUUUGAAGGUUCGAGAGGUCUACAAGCAAGAAAAUGUCAUGGAGACUCAAGUUUCUUUUUUAAGCUUGGGCUCUGGACAAUGUGUUGGGACAAUUGUACAUUGUAGUUAGAGGAUUUCAGAAACUGUAUGACGGAUCUCUGCAUGAGUUGCUGCCGCUGCCAGACAUCACAACAGCAACGUAAACCACACCACGGAAAAAGAAGAACCAAUCACCUCCCCCACCCUUUCCAGCUUGUCUUACAGCCCGAUUCUCUGCAAGCGAAAGCCUGGAUGUCCUCCAGCAUCCUGCCGCAGCUGGAGCGCAGUGUUCCAAAGUAAAACAAAAAGCCAUCAGAACUUCAGGGGCUGCUCUAGCACACCAGCCCAACCCUCCACUUUGGUUUUAUGGCUAAGAACCUACGCUUGUACCCAAGAGACUUCCGUCUGCGCCUUCCCCUUCCCCGAAGGGCAGUAAGUUCUUGCUGAUUAAGCCAUUUCUCUUAUCAGUCAGGUUUUUCAGCUAUUUACAAUGCAAGCUCCUUGCAACUGGAAAAACUUGAAGAGAAACAUAAAACUGAUUGUUCUGUCUUCAUCGGCAUCGCUUAGUAUUUCAGUCCGUACCCUCCAGACUUUGUAGGCAUAUGGGAUUUCCUCGCUUUAAAUCUGCCCCAGUAUUUCAGCCCAGGUGAAGCACUGUGCCUGGUAGGAACUUCAUGACCAGGGCUUUUCCCAUAAGCUAGGCAAGAAGUGCUAUUACAGUAUGAGACAUGCUUUCAUCUCACAGCCUGGGUACCAGCCCUCUGUGCUGAGGGCUCUUCAAGAGGUUGCCAUUGCCCCAUUGUAGCAAACUCCUCAAAUACAGCUUGCAUGGGCUUGCAAAACUGACUACCAGUGACUUGCACGCAAGCAGAAGGACAAAGCACCACACUCGUACGGCGCCAGGAGCUCCGGCCCUGGCAGUAGCGCUGAUCACACAUUGCCCCACACUUUAGCUCUGAACAUCUCCCUUGCCGAGAGGACAGAUUUCAGUUUUCUGCUGAAAAUAAGCUUUCUUGGCUGAGGCACUGUCUCCAAACGUUGUCACCUCUCGUGUUCCGCUUCACUUUCCAGCACUGAAAUCUCCUCACUUUUGCUUCCACAGACAUGCAAACACACAGCCAAAAGGCCACUGCAGUCUCAGGAAUCACCAGUUUCCAUUUUUCAUGAACUAGAUGUUGACCUUGAAUGGUCAGACACGCGUUUUAGGCAGAGAAGCGGCAUUUCAUCACAGCUUAGGCAACACCCCGAGCAUUGAGCCACAAGCAACGAGCAGUUCAGUGUAAGCUACCUAUUCUGUACCCGCCUGGAGACAAACUUCAGGCCAGAUCUGGAUUCUGUUUUCACCAGCUUAUAUCCCAAAAUCUUGGGGAAAUGGCUGGGAUUUUUGCAACACUGAGAUAAAUAAACGAGAAUCUGGCUUUGGAGGGGGCAGACUAUUAAAAUGUAGUUAACCUCAAAGUCUAGGGCCUUGACAUUAUGAGGAGCUACCUUUCUUUCACCUGCCAUGGAAUUAAUGCAAAAAUACCCCCCCAAAAAUACCCUCUUUUGUUAAGCUGAGCACCACGGCGGUAAGUUGGCAGGAGUGCGAUGCCCAAACCACCCCCGCUCCAGAGGUCUCCUCCCCAACCCACCCACCACCACCCUCUUCCACGCUCCGCAUUUUUCAGGUGCCCAAUGGCCCCGAACUCGAGAAACAUUAGGAGCCGUACGCACGACUGUGGCUACCAGCUCUGUAACAGUAUGGAGAACCUUCAUGCCUUAUUUAUUUAUAACGGAAAGCAGUUGUCUAAUAAAAUAAAAUAAAUAAAAAUGAACAGCAACACAGGUGUUGUUGUUGAUUGUGUCGGCGCGUUCACCCCCCUGUUAAUUCAACAGUUGCAGCAGGGGAAUACCUGAAGCGAUGCUGGUUGAAGGCAGCCCGCGUUCACUCUCGCAGUCCUCUGGUUGCUGCAGAGGUGUGGGAAGAGAAUCGCCUUCGCUUCCCGUUUUAAACAACCCUGUGUGAAUCAGCAUCAUAGUUAAGCGUAUGGCAAUAUUUUCAAAUGCUUUAUUCUCUUCUCAAAUAAAAAGAAACACCGGGAUUCUCAAAGCCGAGACUUUCUUUACAGCUCUUUUUACUUUUAAGAAGAGCAGAAAAGUUAUUCCUUUGAUUUUCAUGUACGAUUUGGGUCAAGAAAACGCUUCAGGCUCCUUUGCAGAAAGCAAAGAGAAUAUGCCGAACUAUACGGCUGCAUUAUUUAUAUAACAUACAUUUUAUGCACUUGGACUACUAACAUUUGCCACACGAUAAAAAAAACCCCUUCUUUUGUCAGCUCUGAAGUCUCUGUAAAACCGCGUCGUUUCUAAGCUUGCAAUUCAAAUGCUAUUUUUGUUUUGGUCUUUCUUGAAAGCCACACAUCCAAAAAUGACUGAUGGAAGUAACACGAUGUUAGUAUUUGGCUUAACAAAGGCACAGCUGCCGUAUAUCAGCAGUUUGUUCAGCAAAGUGCUGAGGGCAUUUCUUCUGCAUCCAAAAAUAUUAGUGGCCGUACAAAUACGUCCUGAUGACUCUGUGAGUCAGAGUCACUUGAUUUUUUUUUUUCCUUAAGUGAGGCUUUCAGCGAUCAAAGGAGGAAAAAAUAAGCAUCUUCUGGCCUUUUAUCCCACCUUCUAUCUAAACUUUUCAAAUUGCUUUGAAAACACCGAGGAAAACUACACAAUUCCAUUAAGAGAGUAUUAAGCAACCACAGAAACCGGGCUAAUAGAGAACAGCAGCUACUUAAUAGCACGCCCCCGUGAUUUAAGACAGAAAGAAAAAUACUGCAUGCAAUUAAAAACGGAUGAGGAAGAGUAGGCUAUAAUAGGAAAUGAUGAUUAAUUUCAGAAUUUGGCAAAACCAACGACCCUGUUCAGCUCACACCAUUAAGAUCAACAAGGGCACAGCUCGUCAAGAAUUCAGUGUUAUGCUGAAUUUGAAAGAUGACAUUUAGGCAAGCGCAUUUCCAUCAGAUCUAGUCUGCCUUCUUACUUUACCACCAGUUUGAAUAACCCUUCAGAGAAGCACCCAUCAUUACAAGUAGGGAUGGACCGCUUGAAGCACAAACUCAAGGGUUGCACAGAGCUUGAAUUCUCACGGAGCAUGAGAUUUCCUGAUUCAGCAGUUUCCCUCUCUUACAGGAGACCUUCCGGAAGGUCCCUCAAAGUCCCGACUUGCUCCUACAUUAAUGGCUUGUGUCCUCACUCACACAGGGAGCGACCAGCUCCUUGGACACAACAGCUUUUGCAUCACGCUUUAGGGAUGGCUCCUUCCAGAUCUUGCUCCCCAGUGACCACCACCACCACCAAAUGGGGCCAGCUUGCUUUCUACGCCAGUACCAGUACUGAGGCAGGUCGUGGCUCCAGCUUAAAUGCCAAGAGCUCAGCUCUCCUUGGGUCACACCAAAGUAAGACCUUGUCAUCCCAAGCCCUGCCUCCCGGGGAGAGCCGUUUCCAACCAUCCAAGCGGAGAUCAUUCUGCGUUACACCAAGGCUCUUUGGAUGUCUGCAGCAGGCAAUGCAGGAACGAAGGAAAACCAGAGAAACGUCCUUUUAGGUGGGUCUGGAUUCACCUGCGUGACCUCCAAGCUCCUUUCCCAGCCCCUCUGUGCACCGCACAACGACACCGUCCUUGGUGUGUGUCACCAGCACAACGCCGACAUGUUUGACAACAGUUGGUAAAAUGAGUCAUCCUGCUUCGGAUGUUUUACCCAUCCCUCUGGCUACAAAUCACGAACGUUUACCUGUUCCCUGUUAGAAAUUAAGGUCACCAGAUGGCAUGAUUUGUCUCUGACAGUUUUGCUUUUUUUUCCUUAAAGCAUCCCAUUUUCAGCCAAGUUUGGAUGGGGGAAGCAGAGCAGAAGAACCCCAGGACACACAGAUUCGAUUAAAACAAAGUGGUUUGGCCCCUCCUUGGCCCCCCAGCGCUGCUCGGCCGCAGCCAGGACAGACAGACCAUCAAUGUAUGGGACCUGCUCCUUUCUCGAGGACCGAGUUUCCUGAUUUUGUGCUGAUUAUCUGGAUGGGACCCAGUUCAGAUCCUCGAUCACACGCUGUCUUUCCAUCAGCUUCAAAACACCCAUUUUGACUUCACCCACAGUGCGAAACAAAAAAUCGUCAGCUCUUGUCAAAACACCUGAGCUAAUGACAGCCCCGUCCCUGCCUGUGCAUCUUCCUGCUGCCAGAAACAGCCGUCCCUGCCCCUCUCGAGCGCACACCCUUCUUGUCAAGCCAACCUGACAGCUCCAACAGGGGUAAGAGCUGAAGGAGUUCCACAAGUUCUUCACUCCCCUGCAUCCCCCUUCCACCUCAGCGUCUCUUUUACAGACCUGGAAACACGUACGUGCUGCUGUAACAGCAUUAAAAAAUAUAUAUAAUUAUAUAUACACAUGUAUAUGUAACUUUUUAGCACUCGAGCAGAUAAAAAUCUGAAACAUCCCAGGUGCAAAAACUAGAGAGUACAGGAAAAAUGCUGGAUGUAUCUUCACUUUUCUCCAAUCCAUCACCGCUCGGCUCACGAAGGUGUGGGGUGCAGGGGGGAGCACACUGUCCCCCACCGCUGCCAGUGCCCCAAGGAGACAACCUGCCCAAACCAGACCCCGGCAGCCGCCCCCAGGCCUCCCACACGGGCCACCCCGUGCCACCCCCGGACCACCUCACC